ACAAAUUUACAGAAGUACGCAGAAGCAUUUACUGCAGUUAGUCAACAGAAAAGUAUCCGGAUAAGUACAAAACGAUGGAACGUAAUGAGAAGUUUUUAAUUUGAAAAAAAGUCGUAAUUACUGAAAGAAUACGGGAUAAGGAAUAGAUGGCGUGUGAAGUAAUUUUUGAUAAGAUAGUGGAAGCGAACGCUUUCUUUGAUUUGGAGUUGGUUUGAAGGAUUGCACGACAUUUGAAAUGAUAAAUCAAAUGUCGGAGGAAACGAUCGCGACUGCACCUACCAGUGCAGAAAAACCGUCAAAUCUAGACGAAAAGCCACGAAAAUUGAGUGUAAAAACGUUUGAUUUCUUUUGGAAGCGUGAUUCACGGCGUGAGAAUAUAUUGAAAAAAGAAAACAACCAGAAGAAAAAAGAUUUGAUAGAAGGAAAAAUUAUUGAAUCCAAGACUAAAAAUGCUCCUUCUAAUAAAAGGUCUUUUAACGUCUUCAAGGGUAUUAAAAGACACAUGCAGAUUAAGAAGCUGACAAUACGUGAUUCUAAACAAAAAAUGAAAGAAACAUGUAGUCUGCAGAAUGAUACAAACUAUGAUUCAUCAACACUUCACCAGAAUAAAUGUACAGUUUCUGUUGAAGAGAGCACUUUAUCAGAUAAUAAAUGCGAAGAUACUAAGAAAAAUUCUGAUAUUUUGAACAGCAGCGAAUCUUUAACUGCUACAGAUGAAUGUACUUUGUCACAAAAUGAAUGUACUUUGGACAACCUAAAUGAAGCAGUAGAAGGCUGUUCUGAUAUUGAAACAAAAACAGAAUCAGUACACGCGCAAGUUGUUGACAAUUAUCAAUCAGAUAAUAAUCAUGAAACUAUUCCUAAUAUGCAUUAUCUGUUCUCUAAUAACAACACACUGCAAAUAGAAUCUGUAGUUGCUAGGGAGCAUCAAGUUGAUAAUAUUGAAGAAAUUUCAGAAUCUAAUAUAAAUAACGAUAAAGCAAAGGUAAGCCUUACAGAAGAGCUGCUUAAAUUAAGCAAUUAUGGAUGGUAUUGGGGACCAAUAUCAGGAACCGAAGCUGAUGCCAAACUUAUGUCCGAACCAGAUGGUGCAUUCUUAGUCAGGGAUUCGUCAGAUGAUAGAUACGUCCUGACGCUUAGUUUUAAAUCAUCUGGAAAAUUGCUCCAUGCUCGUAUGGAACAUAGCGGUGGUUUAUUUUCUUUAUGUAACCAAAGUGAAAGCGAGGGAUUUAGUUCAGUAGCUGAUUUAAUUAACUAUUCAAUGAAUUUUAGUCAGUCAGCAGUAUUUUGUUAUUCCCGGCCUAAAUACCCUGGCCAUCCAUCGUUCCCUGUAAGAUUAACCAAGCCAGUGAGCAGGUUUAAUCAAGUUCGAAGCUUACAGUAUCUUUGUCGUUUCGUUAUACGUCAAAAUACUAGAUUGGAUAAUAUUCAUAAACUACCUUUACCAAAAACUAUUAAGGGCUAUAUCGAAGAAGCACAUUAUUAAUGCAAAAAGAAAAAGAAAACGUGAAACGUACUAUAAUAUCCGUGAUACGAAUUUUUACAGAUUGAGAUUAUUGAAUCAUUUAAACUAGUUAUUGCACAAAAAUUUGAUUUUGAAAGGUAACAGAUUAGAUAUGAGCAUUUUUAUUUUAUAAAAACUGAAAUACUCAUUGUUGAAUGUACAAGAUAUCUCCGUUUCUAUAAAAGUUGACUGAUAUGGCUAUAUCGGUUUUAUUUAUAUAGAUAAUGAGACUUAUAGUUAAAAUAAUUUUAACUUGCAUGAAUUGUUUCAUUAUAAAAUAUGUUAUAUUCUUAAACAUAAUCAGAAGUUUAAUCAACCUGUGAAGUACUUGGCUGUGUAAAUACAUUGUUUAGAAUAAAACAAUCUUCUGCUCAAUUGAAUGGUAAAGGUACAAGUUGAUCUUCCCUUGUUUAAUGGGGACAAAAUUUUAUGAAAGAAAGGGAUCAUAUUGCCUUAAUUACUGUAGUGUUGCAGGGUAAUUGUUAAAUAUUAUUAGAUUUAUAUUUCUAUCAGUUUAUAUCUUUAUAUAUCUUGCACAAAAAUAACUCAUAUUUAUUGAGUUUGACUUCAAUUGUACAGAAUUUGUUAAAAUAUGGUACUAAAAUAAAUUAGAUAUGAUUGUUAAUUUAA